AUUGCCUCCCACCUUCGCGCUCGGAGAAAUUUCGUGGACGGCUUUUAUUGGUGGCUCGGCGUAGAUGUUGCGUGUCGCUGAUCGAGCGUUUCGUUUAGAAUACUCGAUCACGUUGCUGCGUCACCCGCGCACCUACUGAACCCGCCGUCAGGAGCUGAAAGGUUACCCGCAUGGCUCCAGCUUUGGCUUUCCUCUGUGUGUCGGGGCUUCUUCUCGUUGGUUUCACUGCCAUUUGCAGAGCAGAAGUGCAGUUUGCAACAGCCAUAGACAUCAGCGACCUGGGUGAACGCGUGGUUCGCAAGGAUCUGUUGCCCGCCUGCCAGGCUUGCAAGACAGUAGUUAAGACAUUCCAACAUGGCAUUGAGCGAACAAAAAGGAGCCGCUUCGAUGGAGGAGACGUUGACUGGGAAGCAAGAAAUAUGGGCAAGUACUCGAAAAGUGAGAUUAGGUUCAUCGAAAUCCAAGAACACCUGUGCUUGGAGAUAAUCAAGGGCCAGGAACACUGCAGGAACAUGGCGGCACAGUAUGAGGAACACUUGGAAGAGUGGUGGUUUGAGCACCAGGAAAAGGAGCCCGAUCUGCACAAGUAUUUGUGCAUCGACCAGGCUAAAGCUUGCUGCCCGGAAAACCACUAUGGCCCCAACUGCGAUCCUUGUACUGGAGGAGCAGAGAGCCCAUGCAACGGACACGGGAGGUGUAAAGGCUCCGGAACACGCAAGGGCAACGGCAAGUGUGACUGCCACCAGGGUUACACGGGUGAGCUGUGUGAUGCCUGCACUGAGGGCUACUACGAGGACAAGCCGGGUGCCAAUGGUACCAAAACAUGCACCAAAUGCGACCCGUCGUGCAAAGGUCCUUGCACUGAGGGCGGCCCGAAGGCGUGCAAGGAGUGCGUUGCGGGCUACGUCAUGAAUGAGGAGCUGGGAUGCGUGGACAUCGACGAGUGCAUCGAAUCUACGGAGGAUCUCUGUGCAAAGGAGAGAAACACGUUCUGUGCCAACACACCAGGCUCCUACAAGUGCAUGAUGUGCGACUUUGCUUGCGACGGCUGCACUGGAGAUGGACCGGACCACUGUGUCAAAUGUGCCAAAAGUUACGUAUUGAAGGACAAGACCUGCAUCGAUGCAACUGAUGCAGACGAGGAGGAGGGAGAAGAAGACGUUCCAUACGACAAUGGCGAGAAGUGGCGAGAGCUGCACAUCUUGCUGGCGCGCUAUGCCACUUACCUUGGCCUCUGCAUAGCGACGUUGAUCAUAUUCAAGAGGAGCCCAUCAGUCGCCAGUGCCAUUGGGCUGUGCGUCGGGGUGUACAUUGGCUUUUCCGAGUACACACUGUCCAACUGGAAAGACCACAGCGUCACGUCCACCAUCAAGGAGCCGGUGUCAGAGAGCGAAGAACCCACACUACCCGAGUUCACGCACGGCGACGAACUCUGAGAGACUUGCAGUGCACAACACAUCAUUUCUGGCUGCUCAAAAAAGUCAUUUUGUUUUUCAAAAAAAAAAAACUUAAUUUAUAUAUGUCAUAAAUACACCAUAUGUACAGUUUUCA